CGCAGCGCAGCCUGAAAAUGGCACCACCACGCGUCCUUUGGAUCUAUCCAUCCCGUUUCCUCCUCUCCUCUCUUCUUCUGUUUCACGCGCUGUCGUCGAGCCGAGCCUUACGGAAUUACCCAGAGAAUGAAGUUACAUUGCUGGACUCCAUGUCAGCCUUGGCCGACCUGGGCUGGGAAGCCUACCCUAAUGAGGGGUGGGAGGAGAUCAGUGUGAUGGAUGAGAGGAAUACCCCGAUGAGGACCUACCAGGUGUGCAACGUCAUGGAGGCCAACCAGAAUAACUGGCUGAGGACACGCCACAUCAGCCGCGAUGGGGCGCAGCGCGUCUACAUCGAGAUCAAGUUCACCCUGAGGGACUGCAACAGCCUGCCUGGGGUCCCUGGCACCUGCAAAGAGACAUUCAACAUGUACUACUAUGAGUCAAACAAUGCCAACUUGUGGUUUAUCAAGGAAAGCCAGUAUGUCAAAAUUGACACUAUUGCAGCAGACGAGAGCUUCACACAGGUGGAUGUUGGAGACCGUGUAAUGAAGCUGAACACAGAGGUGCGGGACAUCAGCAACCUGAGUAAAAAGGGCUUCUACCUGGCCUUCCAAGACUUGGGCGCCUGCAUCGCCCUGGUCUCAGUCAGGGUCUUCUACAAGAAGUGUCCCCUCACUGUGCUCAACCUGGCCCAGUUCCCCGACACAGUGACAGGUGGAGACACAGCUCUGGUGGAGGUCCACGGUGUGUGUGUAAAUGCCUCCGAAGAGUUCGAAGCUCCCAAGAUGUACUGCAGUGCUGACGGGGGCUGGCUGGUGCCCAUUGGGAGGUGUGUGUGCAAACCAGGCUACGAGGAGAACAAGGAUGUCUGUCAACCGUGCAGACCUGGUACUUACAAAGCCUCUGCCACCGAUGCCUACUGCACCAAGUGUCCUCCUCACAGCUCUUCCCACCAGGAGCAGGCAUCCGAGUGUGUUUGCGAGAAAGGCUACUAUCGCGCUGAGACCGACCCACGCUCCAUGGCCUGCACACGUCCUCCAUCAGCUCCUGAGAACCCGAUCUCCACCGUGAACGAGACCUGUGUCACCCUGGAGUGGUCGCCUCCCCGGGACACAGGAGGCCGGGGAGACAUUGCCUACAGUCUCCACUGCAGGAAAUGCUCUGGAGACGGCAGGAAGUGCAUUCCAUGUGGCAGCAGUGUCCAUUUUGUGCCAAGACAGUUUGGUCUCACGUCGGCUACGGUGUUGGUCACCGACCUGCAGCCCGACUCCAAUUACAGCUUCACCAUCGAGAGCCAGAACGGAGUGUCUGAUUUAAGUCCCACACCCAGAGGAACGGUAGUGGUCAAUGUCACCACAUCUCAGACAGUGAGUGUUGUUUUGAAGGAGAGGAGGAGUAAGGACAGUGUCACUUUGGCCUGGCAGGGACCAGAGAGACCCAACGGAGCUAUUGUGGAGUAUGAGGUCAUCUACUAUGAGAAGAACCAGCGGGAGCAGAACUACACAGUGUUGAAGACUCGCUCCAACAUGAUGACAGUGGACGGGCUGAAGCCAGGGACCACCUAUGUGUUCAGGGUCAGGGCUCGGACGGACGGGGGCUACGGCAGCUACGGCGGAGAGAUCGAGCUGGAGACCAGCCAUGAAGACAUGCUGGCCAUCGGGGACCCGAACCAGUCCACCAUCCUGGCCGUGUCCAUCGCCGGGGGAAUCGUGCUCCUCAUCUUCCUGGUGACUUGUUUCGUUGUCAGUGGAAGGCACUGUGGAUAUAUCAAAGCAAAGCAGGACCCUGAUGAGGAGAAGAUGCAGUUCCAGCAUGGCCGAGUCAAACUACCAGGCAGCAGGACCUACAUCCAUCCCCACACCUACGAAGACCCCAACCAGGCCGUCAGGGACUUCGCCAAAGAGAUCGAUGCCUCCAGUAUCCGCAUAGAGAGAGUCAUUGGCGCCGGAGAGUUUGGAGAGGUGUGCAGUGGUCGGCUGCGCGUCCAGGGUAAGAGGGAGAUCUACGUGGCCAUCAAGAGCCUGAAGGCAGGAUACUCUGACAAGCAGAGGCGGGACUUCCUGUCCGAGGCCUCCAUCAUGGGACAGUUUGAUCAUCCCAACAUCAUCAGGCUGGAGGGGGUGGUCACUAGAUGUAAGCCAGUGAUGAUCAUCACAGAGUUCAUGGAGAAUGGAUCUCUGGACACUUUCCUCAAGAAACAUGACGGCCAGUUCACGGUGAUCCAGCUGGUCGGCAUGCUGCGUGGCAUCGCCUCGGGUAUGAAGUACCUGUCAGACAUGAGCUAUGUUCACCGAGACCUGGCAGCUCGAAACAUCCUGGUGAACAGCAACCUGGUGUGUAAGGUGUCUGACUUCGGCCUGAGUCGGGUUUUGGAGGACGACCCGGAGGCUGCCUACACGACAAGGGGAGGGAAGAUCCCCAUCAGAUGGACCGCUCCAGAGGCCAUAGCGUACAGGAAGUUCACCUCGGCCAGUGAUGUGUGGAGUUACGGUAUCGUCAUGUGGGAGGUGGUGUCAUACGGAGAGAGACCUUACUGGGAGAUGUCCAACCAAGAUGUGAUCAAAGCAAUAGAUGAAGGCUACCGUCUCCCUGCUCCUAUGGACUGUCCUGUGGUGCUGCACCAGCUCAUGUUGGACUGCUGGGAGAAGGGGCGCAGUGAGAGGCCAAAGUUUGGCCAGAUCGUCACAACCCUGGACAAGUUGAUCAGAAACCCAGCCAGUCUCAGAGAGCUGGCAAACAGCUCCGUAUGCAGGCAGGACCCAUCCACCCCAGAGUUUAGUGUGAACACAGUGGACGAGUGGCUGGAGGCCAUCAAGAUGGGACAGUACAAGGAGAACUUCUCCAGUGCUGGAUAUGUCACCUUGGACUCCAUCCUCUACAUCAGCAUCAGUGAGUUGGGUAAGAUGGGCGUCACUCUGGCAGGCCAUCAGAAGAAGAUCCUGUCCGGUGUGCAGAGCCUGCACACCCAGGGGACGCAUGUCCAAGUAUAACAGUUUCCCCAUAAACACACAAUGAGACAGAGCCAAAAUGGACGCUCCCGUUAAGAGGUUCCCCACUGAAAUGGAGCUGUAAUGGAUACUCUGCGCUCGCCCUCCAUUGAUUUUGAGACACUGAGACGGAGACAACAUGGACUCUUGGCUCCUCCACCUUCUUGCAGUUUCACCAUUCCUUCCAUCAUCGAUGGGCACUACCAGCUUCAGCACUCAGAGUCCCAGCAACACGACCGCCACCAUUACGGAGCAACAGAGAGACACAUGUCCAACAAGGCCACAUCUACAGUAGAGCAUCUCAGACCAUUUCACAUUGUGUCUGCUCAACAAAACAAAACAAACAAACAAAAAAAAAAGAUUCUUAAUAAAAAAAAAGAAUGACAAAAAAGAAAUUAGAAUAUAAUUAUCAUCACUGUCUGUGAAGUGUACAGUUGGUUUUUACUGUCAUUUGUUUUCUGUUUGAAGAGUUUAAAGAGGUCAGGCGAUGUGUAUAUGUGUAGAUAUUAUGUUUAUAUGGGCUGUAUGUCCCACAACUGUAGAGAUGGACCUAACGUUUGUAUUGGUGGUAAGGUUUAUAUUGGUGGACCUUAGGAGUUAUUACCUAGUACAUGUAUGGGCCCUCCCCUUGCUCUGUGUUGAUGGAAAGCCACUGAAUGAGCCAAGACACCGAAUGACAUGAAUGUGUGUGGUGAUGGAUACCGAAAAAAAUGGACCUGUUGAGAUAGAGAGGGAUGUGGAUUUUGCUUGCCUUUGUAAGAUGAAGGUAUGAAGAUGUGGUAUUUGACCAGGUCAAGGGCUUGCUGAGCAACUGGACACACACUUCGAUAGCACAUUUGCAAGUUUGCCCGUGCACACGAUGCAAUUGUGUGCAGCAGAAACUGUUGAAGGUGUCGUAAGCAGAGUGAAAAUUUGGCUUUUCCAAAUUAAACCAUCUAUUGAGAACAUCAUGAUGCUGAGAAUAUUGCAAGCUCAUUACUAGGCUAUGAUAAAAAAAAAUCUAUAUAUUGGCAUUUAAAUUCAGUUAUUGGUUGAAAAUUACAGCCCUUCAGUCAGUAGCAUUGCAGUGUUAUCGUUCAAGGGUUUGCCUUCCCAUGUCAGAGGUGUGUUGGAAAGUAGUAGUGUUUUGUGUAGAGCCGAGGUGACGCCAAGAGUUGUGACACAGUUGACACUGUUUAGAGCGUGUAUCUGUUUCUCCAGUGUUGUGCCAUGUCGAGUAACCUGGACGUUUUGUUUGGGCUGUUUCCCAGCAUUCCUACAACAUCCUGUACUCUAUCGCUUCAUCAGUUACCAAGGCUGGAUAGUUCACAAAGUCCUUUGUCCCAAUAGUUUACAUGGAGAAAAAAAAAACUGAAAGGAACUAUGAAAGAACAUUGGAAAAGACUCUUUUUUCAGUGAGAUGAAAUAAAUGCAGUGGUGAUGUUCGGCUGUGCCACAAUGAAAGGGUAAAUUUUACUGAAAAGAUUUUUUGUGUAUGUGUACAGUCACGUUUUCGUUAUCCAUCAUGCCAACCCUUUGCAAACAUCCCCAGAUUACAACCAACACCCGGGAGUUUUUGUAGGAUAACUCAUAAAACAGUGUUUACAGCGAAAAGCAAAGAGUAUUUGGUUUGUUGGUUUUCCCCCGUUGUGAGGAAAACUGCUGCUUGUGACACGAGGCCAGUUACAAGGUUAGAGUUAAUGGGGCCCUCUCUGUGUGCACUGCAUUGCACUGAACCUGCUUUUAGUGUAUUUCCAAACCCAGUUUUAUUACAGUAUGUGAUACUCUAUAGGACCAACAGCAGCAUACAAUACAGUAUAUAUGAUUGUAUCAUAGUGUAAAAUAUGUACAGUGUUGAUUUCCAAUGUUAGAAUGUUUGUAAUGAUAAUGAUGAUGACGAUGAUGAUGACUAUGAUGUACUUUAAUUGUGAAAAAGAGAUUUCUGGAGUACUCGUGCAGGGGCGGGUCAUAUAGGAGAAAAGUGAUACGUAAUUCACUGGUCUGAACAAUGGAAUGUAGCAUGGAUGCGAAGCUUCAGCUUUGAUUGACAGGUGACAGUGACUGCAGUUUUCUACCAUAGGGUUCGAUUGAGUAGAAUGGAUCCACAGGCUUAAUGAACCAAUUUGCAUUCCCAUCUUAACAAAUCAUUUUGUUGGGUUCUUCCCGCUGGUUUUAUGAUGCCCUGCAAUGCAUUCAAGGCACUGCUUUUUCAUCACUUCUGCUUCACACAGCAACCCCAUUCAGAGCCUGAAGGUGUUAGCGCAUUCUACUCUCUCUAACUUUAUGAUUUCACUUUAGCGGGCUACUCUCAACCGCUGGCCUUUUAGAUGCCUUAUUUACUGAGCUACCAUUCUGUUCUGUUGCCCUAUGGAGGUGAUGUUAGGAGUAAAAUGUAUAUAGUAUUUAUCAGUGUUCUUGAGGUGACCUCACACCAACACCCUGGUUUAUAACAUCCCAGAAACCCUACAAUAGCACCUUCGCUUGGAUUCCUCCGAAUAAAAAAAAAAUAAAAUGAAAUUUAAAAAACAUGAUUUUGUUUGGACAUGAUAUUCCUGAACAUGACCACCUGUAUAGGCUGAUAUUGAGAAACUGGCAGCAAUCCAGUCGUAUUUAUACAUGAGAAAAUGAGUAAGUUGAAGUGUCAUUUGAACGUGCAAAAUACUCAUCGUAAUGGUAUCAAGGUUGCCGUUACAAGGGAUAGCGUCAGCCGUAUAACUUGGGUACGUACGGUUUUUGAUAUCAUCCUUUUUGUAAGCUUGUUCACCACUUCUCCCCUUAGCGAUCUCAAAAGAGAAUGCGGAAAUCCUAACCCCAUAUAGGUUUCGGCCCCGUAAAAUGAUCCCAGAUUUAGCCCCGGUUUUGUGUCACUAUCCACCUUAUCAGAGUUAGUUAUGUGGGUUGGUUUGCCUGAUCUCAGAUACAGUGUCUGUCCUCCAUUUCCCCACCAAGUCUGUAAUGUAAAUGUUCCUGAGUGAUUCUCAUUGAAAUUCUUUCCUCCCUCCCUCUCUCUCUCUCUCUCUCUCUCUCUCUCUCUCCCUCUCUCUCUCUCCCUCCCUCUCUCUCUCCCUCUUUGUAUUUUCGGCCACAGUACAACGCUCAUUUGUCCCCAUGGCAGGUUUCUAUGCGCUGCUUGUUCUAAAGGGUGUAGGCAUUCUAAUGUCCUUCAU